AGAGGGCUUUUAUUGUGGCAGUAGAGUAACGGAAGCGGGGCGGUAACGUCUGGUACGCGGCCAAUUGUAGGCCGCGUACCAGACGGUGCGGUUGAGGAUCGCUCAAAUCUGUGGUGGGUCGUCGAGGAGACCUGCAACGUUAAGAUCACACUGAGGGAGGGCCGCCCCGAUGUUCUGCUGAUACUGGGUCGCGAUGAGGUGGCCCAAGCGCCUGGGCUCCUACAGGCGGGUGUUGCUUCCUGUCGUGAUCUUGGGUUUCGUGACUCUGGCGAUCGUCUCUCUUCCCUUAUUUGACACGGAAAGCCCCAAGCCUCUUAAGUUGCACGUCGACCCUGCACACCAACAGCGGGUCCACGAGUACGUGCAGAGCGUACUGCAACGGGAAUGUCGUCCCGGUAACGCCCGACGGAGCCUGCUUGACAGACUUCCUGCUUCUGGUCAUGUGACCCAGCCUUUCCUGGGGAGUGAUGCGCCGCUGCCCGAUGACCUCUUCCUCUUCCCGCCCCCCUUUGGGUUCAGAGGUCUGCGGGACAAGCUGGAAGACACGCUUAGGCUGCUGCCCCGCACGGAGCCGCCCCGGCCGCAACAGGGCCCCGGGGCCUGCCGCCGCUGUGUGGUCAUGGGAAAUGGAGGCAUUCUGAGAAACAUGGAGCUGGGCCCGCUUAUCGACCGCUUCGAUACCGUAAUCAGAUUAAACAGCGGGCCUUUGGGCGAGUUCAGCGGCGACGUGGGGAAUCGAACCAGCAUCAGGGUGAGCUACCCAGAGGGCACGCCACGCCAGUGGGUGGACCAUGACCCCCAGCCUCUGUUUGUGGCCGUGGUUUACAAGGCGGUGGACCUCAGCUGGCUGUCGGCCAUGAUCAACAAACACACCGUGGGUCUUUGGGACAGGCUGUUCUUCUGGCAGAAGGUUCCGGAUCGGAUCCCGCUGGAGCCUCAGCGGUUCAGACUGCUGAACCUGCAGUUGAUCCGAGAGACCGCCAUGGGCCUGCUGCAGUACCCCCCUCCCCAGAGCCGCCUCUGGGGCUUGGACCCGAACGUCCCCACCCUGGGCAUGUCUGCGCUCUCCCUGGCCAGCCUGCUGUGUGACGAGGUCAGCCUGGCGGGCUUUGGCUACAACCUGUCCCAGCAGGGGGCGCCACUGCACUACUACGACCGGCUGCCCAUGGCCGCCAUGCUGAAGCAGAAGAUGCACAACGUGGACCGGGAGCGGGAGCUGCUGCGGGAGCUAGUAAAAGGCGGGGCCAUCAGCGAUCUGACCGGGGGGCUGCACUGCUCCGUUUGCUCCGGCUGACAGGGGGGGGGGGGGGGGGCUGGUGUGGGGUUGGGACCGGGCCCUACUGGGGGAACCUGGAGGUGCAUGGCACCUUUCAUGAGGAAAGGAAAAGGCGAUAUGAGAACAACGUCAAAUUUUAGCUUUUGAUGUUACAAUUUUAUUUGUAUGACACGAAUAAUCCAAAUAGGUCUUAAGAAUAGAAUAGAAAUGUUCUGGAUCGAUGAGUUUACUGAUACAAACAAGCUGGUAAUACUGGGAAUUAAAACGUUAAAGUAUUUCGCCAGACGACGUACGGGAUAAUGAGAAGGAAAGCUCUCGAACAAAGAAGGGAAGCCUCAGGCAAAGGUCUUCACCUAAGAUCAGGAGAAGACAUUGGACAGUUCUGUUGCCAUGGUGAAGGAGUGGACUUCCAUCUUGCAAAUCUGGGAUGAAAUUAAAACUGCACUGGUUGAUGUUUGAGACUUUGUUAGAAUAUGAAACUUUUAUUUUAAUGUUUUGGCUUAUAGACAUUUCUUCUAAUUAUAUCUUAAUAUUCUCUUUUUGAACCUUUGUUUAGUUAUUUUAUUUUUUAUGAUUGAUUUGGUAUUCUAAUCUGCUGCACACUUAUUAUUUUGAUAUUUUGUGACUUUUUCUAAAAAAAGUAAUGUGAAUGUUCUCUACUGUAUCAUUUACAUGUUUGAUCAAUACCCUC